AAGUGGUUAUCCGUAAUAAAUUUUAUUUUCCCGGUUAUACGUAAUACAUUUUAUUUACCCGUCAUGUAAAGAGGGGGGUGCCCGACUCACAACGGUAUAACUCUUUAAACCUUUGUCGUUAUAGUUUUGCUAACUUGUAAAGUGUUUGAAUUCUGGCCAUUUUUUCCAGUCCCUUUUACUUUUAAAGUUAAAAUAUUGACUUUUUUUAAUAUUACAAAGCUUGUAGGCCGGGCCCUCUAGGAAAUAAAUAUUAAAUCUACAGUUCCUUUAGGAACCAUGGAACAAUGCUUAAAAACUAUUCUCUAAAUUCUGAUUCAUAAUUAAAAUAAACAUUAUGUUGACCUUUUCGUCAAAUUUUGAGGGAACUGCACAAUUUUCCUGUACACAUUGCCUAUCAGCAUUCUAUACUUUAACCUGUCUCCGCUUGUAACAAGUAAUAAAGGAACUUCCAUAAAAUAAUGUAAAUUGCUGUUUCUGGGAGGAAUGUAAACAAAGCUUAGCUUAAAAAAGUAUCAUUGCAUCACAUUAAAAAAAUUGGUAUUUUGGGAAAGGGGUAGGUCAUUUAAUGUAAUAUUGGUUGCAGGGAAGGUUUAAAUACUUUGCUUAUGUGUUUAUUUGUUAGUAACAAUAAAUGUGUACUAUUAUGUGUGUACUAGAAACAGAGGACUGAGUAGUCAGGGGGUUUUCAGGCCCCAACGGGUGGAGUCCCCUUGGAAAGAAAAAAAAUGUAAGCCCCCCCUGGACAAAUUAAGUUUUAGAAGUGUGAAAAAUGGAUUAAGAAAACGUGGUGCUGACUGCUGACUAGUUUAUAAAUCCCCCGAAAUUAUUCAGCAUAUUGGAAUUGAACUGCCUGGUUCUCUUGAAACCCUACAAGAUCAAAGAACUAUCCUGUCCCAGGCACGUGAUAAUAAAAAUGAAACCCUACAAUUACAUGCCAGGGACCAGGGGCUACACACACUAAUUUUCUAUUAUAAUAACACUCAAAAAAUCUACUUUAGAAUUUUGACUUUAAAAUGUCUUUAUUUAUGAUAUCUGGAAUUGUUUAGAUUACGAAGUUGGGUCCCCUAUAUACUAGUUGGUGCGGCCCCAGACCGAGGAUUUUAAAGUAUUGUAAGCUAAGGAGUUGAAAACUAAUAUCUUUACAUUAGACCUUUCAGCUCAUUCAGACCAGUGCUUGCCUCUAUAUAACAGUUCCAGGGUCUAGGGUUGAGGAGGAGAAGAGAAGGAGUUUAGAUGAAGGUUGGAAAAUGAAGAAGGAUAAGGAGUUUGGAAGCAACGCCAACCUUGUGACCAACAUGGGGAAGAACGAGGACAAGGAGACCGGGAAGGACGAGGAGACGAAGAAGACUGAACUCAAGUUCUCUGAUAGCACAGACCCGGAGAAAGUCACUACUAAUCGUGACCAAAGGCUGGGUAUGCUCCGUACUCAGAGUACGAUAGAAGAACGGGUUCUGACACCGGAUGAAAAAAGUUUUCUACUCUGCGUUGAAAGAGGAGAUGUAUCCUCUGCGAAGAAUAUCAUCCAGGCAAUGUCCAAGAGACCUCAUAUUUUCGACCUAAAUUGUGUUGAUCCUCUUGGUAGAUCUGCUCUCAUCAUAUCUGUUGAAAAUGAGAACCUGGAUAUGAUGGAGAUGUUGCUUGAAAUGGGGAUUAAACCCAAGGAUGCACUUCUUGUUUCGAUCAGGGAGGAUUUUGUUGAUGGUGUUGAAAUGUUGCUGAGAUAUGAAGAAGAGAACGUGAAGGAAGGACAACCCUACUCCUGGGAGAUUAUGGAUACAUCAGUUGCUAACUUUACUGCUGAUAUUACACCUCUUAUAUUGGCAGCUCACAGGAACAAUUUUGAGAUAUUAAAGAUGUUGUUGGACCGAGGAGCAACUAUACCAAUGCCCCAUAAUGUUAAAUGUUCCUGUGAUGAAUGUGUGAUUGGUUCAGCUGAUGAUUCUCUUAAGUUCUCCUUGGCCAGAAUAAAUGCUUACCGGGCUUUAUCUUCUCCUUCCCUUAUAAGUUUGAGCUCCAGGGAUCCUGUUCUAACAGCCUUCCAGCUGUCUGACGAGCUGAAAAGGUUGGCUAGAGCUGAAUCUCAGUUCCGGGAUGAAUAUAUCAAACUGAGGAAACAAGUUCAAGAGUUUGUCACUGGUCUAGUGGAUCAAACAAGGACUUCAUAUGAACUUGAGGUGAUUCUCAAUCAUAAUCCUGAGGGAGCGCCCUGGCAAAUAGGAGAUUUUCAAACCCUGGAUAGAUUAAAACUUGCUGUUCAAUACAAACAGAAAGAUUUUGUUGCUCAUCCCAGUGUACAGCAGUUGCUGGCAUCAAUAUGGUAUGAAGGAUUGCCAGGGUUUAGAAGAAAAAAUAUUUUCUCUCAAAUAACAGAUUUGAUUAAACUUGCAUGCAUGUUCCCAAUCAAUAGCAUUAUCUAUAUCAUGGCUCCCCAUUCCCCCGGGGGGAAAUUCAUGCGGAAUCCAUUUGUAAAGUUCGUUUCUCACUCUGCAUCUUAUCUUUUCUUCCUGUUCCUACUUGCUCUAGCAUCCCAGAGGAUUGAACAUGUGGUUUUAUCAAUUCUAAUUUGGUUAUUCCCAGGGGUUGAAUUGUUUGAGAAAACACAAGCGGAUUGGAUAAAAUAUGAACGCGGAAGUCUACCCCAUUAUAUCGAGAUGCUGAUUAUAGUUUGGGUUCAAGGUUUGAUGUGGACUGAGAUUAAAAAGCUCUGGCAGGAUGGGUUGAUUGAUUAUCUUAGUGAUCUUUGGAACUUUGCUGACAUAUCAAGUUAUGGCGCUUUUAUGGCCUGGAUUGGAUUAAGAGGAUUAGCCUGGUUGUUAGUGCAGAAAGAACAAUGGGAUGGUGUGGACCCGGAACUUAUUUGGACAACAAAAGAUUCAUGGAACACAUUUGAACCACAGCUCCUUGCAGAAGCCAUGUUUGCUGCAGGUAUGAUAUCAUCAUACCUUAAACUUGUUCAUAUUCUCUCCAUCAAUCCGUAUCUUGGACCAUUGCAAAUUGCGUUGGGAAAGAUGGUAAUUGACAUCUGUAAAUGGAUGUUUCUCUAUAUCCUUGUUGUAUUUGCUUUCGGAUGUGGUAUGAAUCAAUUGCUUUGCUACUAUGCUGACUUGGAAAGACAGAAAUGUUACAGUUUGCCCGGGGGACUUCCAGAUUUUGAAAAUGAGCCUGAUUCUUGUGUCAGUUGGAGAAGAUUUGCAAAUCUUUGGGAAACAUCUCAGUCUCUUUUCUGGGCCAGCUUUGGUCUUGUUGACUUGGGCGAUUUUGAACUGACGGGAAUAAAAGAAUUCACAAGAUUCUGGGGACUUCUUAUGUUUGGAAGCUAUUCCAUUUGCAAUCUUAUUGUACUGAUAAACAUGCUCAUUGCCAUGAUGUCAAACUCCUACCAAAUCAUAUUCGAAAGAUCAGACACAGAGUGGAAAUUUUCAAGAAGCAAAUUAUGGAUGUCAUACUUUGAUUCUGGCAGCACUGUACCACCACCAUUUAAUCUUAUUCCAAGUCCUAAGUCAAUCAUCAGGAUUUUAUGCUGCAGAAAAAUAGGAAAGAAACUGUUCACUGAACAAGAUACUGAGGAAGCCAAUGAAAGAUACCAUAACGUUAUGAAGUUUGUUAUACGUAGAUACAUCACUAAUGAGCAAAGAAAAUCUGAAGAUUUUAGCAUAACUGAGGAUGAUAUUCAGGAAGUCCGACAGGAUAUAAACUCCUUUAAAUACGAGCUAUUAGAUAUUUUGAAGAAUAACAACAUGGUUGUACCAAACACGAAAAGGGGUGCUGGUGUUGUUGGAAGAAAGUCUAAGAAUAUGGAAAGGCAAAUUCAGAAAGGUUUCAACAUAACUCAGGGAGUUGAAGGAGUAAUGGAAGCCUUCUUUACUGCAAGCCAAGAGGAGAAACCCAAAGAUGUAUUUAAAAGAUUUGCCAAAAUUAUAAAUGACAAGAAAAAGAAAGGUGAAAAAGUAAACAGAGAUUCUCUUAGAAGAGAGGCUGGAUCCAUAAGAAGAGAUCAAAUUGGAAGUCACCAAGCAUCCAUCAGGAAGCACAGAAGCUCCCUCAAGAGAUCUUUGUUGCAAAGAGGAAGCUCUCAACAAGAAAUUAAGAUGGUACUGACAAGACUGAAUUCUGAAGAGCUGGUUGCAUUUAACCCUCAUUUGUCAGAUUAUGCUCCUGCAGCAAGACGAGCUUAUGCUAAAUUCAGAACUGCUCUUGAUGAUUAUAAUUCAAAAUAUAAGGGUCCUGAAACUACAGUAACAUCUGAAGAUUCUGCUAAUAAAGCAAAAAAUAGAGAUAGUUUAAGAAAACUAGUUAUUGAAAAGGCUAAAUCUAUGGACUCUACAUCCUUAGAUGGUGAUCUGCAGAUCGAUAAAACUGCUGCUGAUCUAGAAAAAAUAAUUGAUGCCCCAGCAAAGUCUCCAGCUAAAUCAAGCGGAGGUGUGGUAAAUCAAGGAUUUGAACCAGAUGAACUUAAAGUAAAGAUUAUUCCACCUUCUCAUCAAGGAUCUGUAAUAGAUCCAUCGGAUGACCCUUCACUUAAAACCCCUGCAGCUUCACCCAAACCAUCUGCUCCCUCUACCCCCUCUGCAAAGGCAGCAGCUGGUAAACCUCCAACCUCUCCAUCUACCCCCUCAAUCCCUUCUCCAAGUGCAGAAACUAUAAAGCCUCCAGCUUCCCCAUCUACCACCUCAGCAAGUGCAGCAACUCCUAAGCCUCCAUCCUCACCUUCUGCCACAUUAACACCAUUUUCUGCUGCUACUGCAUCUACACCAUCAGCCCUUGGAAGCCCAAUUCCUCCUAGUUCUCCAGCGACCUCCUCUACCCCUCAACCUCCAAAAAGUCCUCUACCAACACCAAAAACUGAGCAGAUUACUCCACAUAAAGAAGGACCUCCAGCUACUCCUGAAAAACUACCCGCUGAAACUACAACUGAAAUAAAGGCUGCAGAAAAAUCUCCAGCUAAAGCAUCAACGGAGAGACCGAAAGAAGAAGAAGCUAAACCUAAAAGUCCAGCUGCUGUAGCAGCAGUUCCCAAAACAGCUACAGCUGAAGAGCCGAAAGGAAAGUUUGAUCCUGAAGGUAAAUCUGCAGUUUCUGGACAAAAGAGAACAGGAUGGAUCUAAAUCAUCCAAGAAAUCAAUAUUAAUCUUCUAUAAAAAAAUCUAGCAAUACAUCUACAUCAUCUACAUUAAAGCUGGCCUGAGUAUGUAGCCAAUCUAUAUUUAAUGGUUUAGAUUAAAGUUUCUGUACAUAAAAAUAAUAUCUCAU